AAUAGGGAAGUAAUAGCCAACUUGGAGGGUCUGACAAAUUUACAUUUCAAGUUUUUUUUUCAUAGAUUGGUAAAAAAAGGAGAGAGAGAAAUGAGCAUGCAAGAAGCUUCAGACACUGUUCCAUAUGGUCCAAAUGAAGGUCCUCCUAUGCCUCAACCAGGACAAGAUCACAGAAACCAAAAUGAUGGCCAAGAGGAUCCAGUACUGCAGUCUCAUGAUCUCUAUGCCACAGAAUACAAGACUUGUUCCGAACCUGGUGUUGCUGUUGUCAUCAACAAUAAAACCUUUGAAGAACCCGACUUAGACGAACGAGUGGGAACUGAUAGAGAUGCAUCCAAUUUGUAUAAUAGGUUCAAUGAUUUUGGCUAUGAUACAAAACAUCUCAUUGACAAAUCCAAACAUGACCUGCUGGAAGAAUUAAAAAAUAUCGCAGGAAUGGACCACACCGAGCACUCUGCUUUUCUCUGUGCUGUUUUGACACAUGGCAACAAAGACGGUUUAUGGGCAAAAGAUAGCCUGAUAAAAAUUAGUGAAUUGACAAAAAUCUUUGAUGCAGAAAACUGUCCAAGCCUUGUAAAUAAACCCAAGGUCUUUAUCAUACAGGCCUGUAGGGGAAAUGAGGAAGGCAAACCCAUAGUGAUAAAAGUACAGAACACUGAGGACCCAGUAGUGGAUGACGCUCUUCCAAUGGAACAAGACGAGAAUAUGGAAGUACAAGAGGAUGCCAGGGACCCUGUGUCCGUCGACAUACUCACCAUACCAGCUAUCAUGGACUUUCUCAUAAUCCAUGCAACAGUAGAAGGUGAAAAAGCUUGGAGGAACACAGCAACAGGAACGCCUUUCAUAAGAAAUUUCUGUGAUGAACUGGAAACUCUUCUUGGAAAUAGGGGCGAGGAUGAUAUUUACACACUCCUUAAUCGUGUAAAUCUUGCAGUUGCUCUAAAAUUCCAAGCCCAAUCAGGUGGCAAACAGAUGCCUUGCUUUGUCUCUACACUGACCAAAACGUUCAAAUUGAAGGCCCCCCAGUAACGGUGGAUCCCGACUCCUUCAGGACUUCAGGAGCAAUGACACUACAUGUAGUAUCAAAAGAUCACCCUUUACAUAUUAUGUAUAAUUUGUAUGUUGAUAAAAUUGUUAUUUUUUGCAAACCAUGCCACUUUUUGAUAACAAUACACUUGGGCGUUAUAUAUAUUUGAUCAUACCAUUAGACUAGUAGUCCAACAAACAUCAGCUGAAAAAGCAUGGGAGGGCAUUGAAGUAGAACAAAGAAAUAGUCUUAAUUCUAUUUAAUUUAACUGACUGUUUAUAAUUGUUGGUUUAUAACAUGAGAAUCCUAUUGGAUAGCUAAGGUAUAAACAUAUGUAACAUUGUUGAGUUAGUUGGUGACUUUUAACCAACCGUGGGUAAAUUCUUUGUUUUUUUGUUAAAAUGUUAGGACAGCUCGUAUUUUAUCUUUGUCAUGUAUAGAAUCUUAAAUAAGUUUUCAUUUCAUAGAUUUUCUAGCUUUCAAGGAGAUUUUAUAAAUUUAAUAGAUUUCAAAGAUUUUCUAAAUUUAAUAGAUUUCAUACAAGAUUCUAUAGAUUUCAUAGGAGAUUUUAUAGGAGAUUUCAUAGAUUUUAUAGGAGAUUUCAUAGAUUUUAUAGAAUUUAUAAACAUGGUUUUCACAUGUACUUAAGCCUUGGUGAGCAAAUAUCAAAACUUCGAGGCAAGUUUUGUAAAAUCUCAUACGAAAUGAAAACAAAUUUAAGAUACUUAUCAAAUAACUCAGAAAACUUGUAUUUUGACAGGAUUUAGAGUAAUAAUGUGGAGGAAUUAAUCGAACAGAUACAUCAUUCACAAUAUAUGAUGUCACAUCAUUGUCCAUGUUAUGACAUCACAAUCGAUUUCUGUACUAUUAGUGUCAUGCAUCAUGAGUAUAUAUGCUGGAGGUUGUCUAGAUGUUCUGCUAUGUAUGCAGGUUUUUGUUAAUUAUUUAAUAUCCAGUGCUAUUCUAGAAAUACCCAUUAGUCGUGUGGGAUGACCACCUCGUUCCUAAACGUCCAACAGACUAAUUUUCUCAGGCUCUUUUACAAGCACUUCACAAAAUAAGAACACAAACAAGAAUUAUGUGUGUAAAAGAAUCAAGAUCAUUUACAUAUUCCCUGCAUUCAAAUGAAUCAUAAAUAUCAAAAUGCCAUUUUGUACAAAUGAAAUGUAUUUGUAAAUAAUUUGUUCAUGCAUAUGGGAUAAGAACUUUGGGCAGCAAUGGUUCUGUGUAGUUUGGUUUGGUUUGGUUUGGUUUGGUUUGGUUUGUUUUGUCUAACGUCCUAUUAACAGCCAGGGUCAUUUAAGGACGUGCCAGGUUUUGAAGGUGGAGGAAAGCCGGAGUACCUGGAGGAAAACCACCGGCCUGCGGUCAGUACCUGGCAACUGCCCCACAUAGGUUUCGAACUUGCAACCCAGAGAUGGAGGGCUAGUGUUGAAAUGUCGGUACACCUUAACCACUCGGCCCCUGUUUUGUGUAGAAUUAGACUUGAGAACCUGAGCUGAAUAAAUUGGACACUUGAAUUUUUAUUGGAGUUGAGCUGAUCUAGUUUGGAUCAAUAUAGAACUUGAAAAAGAAUUUUGGUUAGCAGUUAUUCUGCACAAUUGUAAAAAUUCAUAUCAACUGAUUUCUAGAAAAUACCAAAUACUAUUUAACCUUUAUAAGCAUACUGUGGUUACAAAAACAUAAGUGUAUUGCGUUUCAUUUAAACACAAGUUCAUUUUUAUGUCAAUUAUUACUCUGGAACAAUGUUUGGAUAAAAGAUUGAGUAUUGUAGAUAGGUAUGUAAUCUUUUUCUGGACUUGAUCUUUUCCCUAAAAAGGCAGGUGUGGGUUUAAUAUGCGACAGAAGCACUUAUAUGGUCAAAUACAGUAUACCGGUGGUACAUUUCUUGAUGAAAUGUCACAUGUUUACAUACUUGUUUAACUAAAUGUAUUUGUCUUAUUACACUGUCAUUUUUGCAUCUAAAUACAUGUAAUAAUUUUUAUAGUGAAAAUUAUAGACUGGUAAUUCCACUGCAAAAUGAAAUAAAUGAAAGAAAAUCAAA